GUCCUGACGGGUGAAGACUGGAAUUCUGUGAUGUACAAUGGCAUCAUGGCGUACGGCGGGCCGUCCUACCCUGGCGUGCUCGUGUGCAUUUACUUCAUCAUCCUUUUUGUCUGCGGCAACUGCAUCCCCUCAGGAGCAGGGUGCAAAAAAGACCCUAGGGAGGGAGUGGCCCACGCCCUCCCACGGGGUAGCUCAGGCAAGAGGGACUCCAACUACCUCACCCAGAGACUGGACCCUUCAGAUAUCCUGCUCAAUGUCUUCCUGGCCAUUGCCGUGGAUAACCUGGCUGAGGCAGAGAGCCUGACUUCUGCCCAGAAGGCCAAGGCCGAGGAGAGAAAACGCAGGAAGAUGUCCAAGGGUCUCCCAGACAAGCCAGAAGAGAAAAAGUCCAUCAUGGCCAAGAAGCUGGAACAGAAACCCAAGGGUGAGGGCAUCCCCACCACCGCCAAGCUGAAAAUCGAUGAGUUUGAAUCUAAUGUCAAUGAGGUGAAGGAUCCCUACCCCUCGGCUGACUUCCCAG